GGGAGGCGUCCGACGGGGUUUAAAAGGAUCGGUCAGUGUGAGAGACACGCUAGUAGAAAAUAAAUCUGUUAGUUGAAGUUUUCAGUGGCUCAGACUCCGAACUCACAGCGGGAAUAAUGAUGUUCUGCAGAGUGGCUUGGCAAAGACUUGCGCCUCUGGCACGCAAAACACUCACUCCUCUCAGCAAUGCUGUGAUCCCUAUGCGACAGAUGUCCUUUGGUCUACCUGUGUCCGGCACAAACAUAGCUUACAUGGUACUUGGUGGAAGCUCGCUUACUGCUGCUCUUGUUUAUGCUUAUAAGACAAUAAACUCUGACAGUGCAAGAUAUAAUGAAAGAAUUGCUCAACUCGAGGCCAGACCUAAAAGAGCAGCGACCGAGGUGGCUUCAGUAGCAGAAGCAGCUGAACUUGCUACAGUUGUUGAGGCCACAGCAGCACAGCCCGUCAUUGAGGUGAUUAAAGCAGAGGAUGAGCAGACCCCAGACCCUGUGGAUGCAACACUGAAUGUUGUGGCAGCAGCUACCAAUGUAGAGGCAGUAGCAGCUGAUGCUGAGGAACCUACUGCACCUGUUGUUGAGGAUGUUGCUGCUGAAGCUGCUUCUCCCAGUGCUGAGACAACCGGUGAGGCGUCUUCUGCUGAAGAAGCAGAACUAGAUAUUUUAUUCUUCCCAACCCACCUUGGAACGCUUCAUUAACUUUCAGACUCC